AUGGAUAUGACAUCGCCAUUGGCUCGUAUUGAUAUACACACCCACAUUUUACCAUCUUCACUAAGUGCCAAUGCUCAAAAAUAUCUUGAAUUACGACCACAUGCCGAGGGUGAUCCUCGAUUGGAUAUGUUUCAUAAUGGAAAUUUUUUUCGAACAAUUGAACCAAAUUGCUUUGAUAUUAAUGUUCGUCUUCGUGAAAUGGAUGAAAACAAAACGGAUAUGCAAGUACUUUCAACAAUACCAGUUCUAUUUAAUUAUUCUUCGAAAGACGCCGAAGGCGCUCUUGCAAUUUCUCGUGAAUUAAAUGAUCAUAUAGCAUCGAUUUGUCGACAACAUCCAACACGUUUUAUUGGUCUUGGCACAGUACCAUUACAAGCGCCUGAACUAGCUAUUAAUGAACUUCGGCGAUGCGUUAAUGAAUUAGGUUUAAAAGGUGUCCAGAUAGGUACACAUGUUAAUCAAUGGAAUUUAGAUUGUGCAGAGCUUGAUCAAUUUUGGUAUGAAGUUGAAAAGCUCGAUGCUUGCGUAUUUGUUCACCCUUGGGAUAUGCCGAAAGGAGAACGUUUCGAUGACUAUUGGAUGCCAUGGUUAUGUGGAAUGCCUUUUGAAACAACAUCGGCUAUAUGUUCAAUUUUAAUGGGUGGUGUUUUAGAAAAAUAUCCAAAACUUCGCUUAGCAUUUGCUCAUGGCGGUGGCUCAUUUCCCUUUACAGUCGGUCGUAUUGAUCAUGGUCAUGAAUGCCGACCAGAUUUAUGUGCGUAUAAAAAUAGUAAAUUGCCAUCAUCUUACAUCGGCCGGUUUUGUGUUGAUUCACUUGUUCAUGAUUCUCGUGCAUUGAAAUAUCUUGUGGAAACAAUGAACGAAGAUUGUAUCAUGCUUGGAUCCGAUUGUCCAUUUCCUCUCGGUGAAAGUAAACCGGGAGAACUAAUAUUAAAAACAUUCGAUACUGAUUUAGAUAAAUGUAGAAAAUUGUUAAACAGUAACGCAAAGCGUUUUUUUAAAAUUUGA